AUGCCCAGGAAGAAGGGACAUAUUCAGGAUAGUGACCAUGACCUCGGCGAACGGAUCAUUCCCAUGGGGGCGUCGUUUGACAAAUCUGCGGUUGCAUCAUUUCCCGCGAACACAGUUUUCACCUCCAAGUACACGUGGUGGUCAUUUCUACCACUGGUGACCUUGGAGCAGUUCCAGAAGAGAGCAAACGUGUACUUUACAUUUAUUACGCUUCUGAUGUACGUUGGCGAGCACAGUACUUUCAUUGACUCCACCGUGUCAUGGUGGUCGACGGCAGCUGUUUUGAUUCCCAUGAUGGCUUUGAGUAUGGUUAUCUCUGGAUUGGACGACCUACGGCGGCACCAGUCUGAUCGCCAGAUCAAUUCGCAGCAAGCUAGAGUCAUCCGACUGGGAGGGAAAUACCGGGUGUAUUUAGACACAGUCUUGUGGAAGAACAUUCAUGUGGGAGAUGUCAUCGUCCUGAAAAGCGAUGAAGAGCUUCCUGCCGAUAUCAUCCCUUUGGCGUGUUCCGGGAGUGAUGGCCAAUGCUAUGUGUCCACAGCAAACCUCGAUGGCGAGACCAACCUAAAGAUCAAGGCGUGCGCCGCUGAAGCACAAGCAUUUUUGUGCGAAGGCCACGCUCAUGGACCGCCACUGUUGGAUCAGGCCGUGGAGAAAUUGGCCAUGUUGGAUGCUGCGCUUCAUGUCGAGGCUCCGAGCAAAUCCCUCACCAAGUUCUCAGGAUCACUGAAGAUAUACCACAGAGACACUGAAGAGUCUACAUCGUCACUGUCUGCCAACAACCUGCUGCUGCGUGGUACCCGAUUGCGCAACACCGCCUGGCUCUUUGGUGUUGUGGUCUACACGGGGAAAGACACGAGGAUGGUGAUGAAUUCUCGUGACAUCCCGACAAAGCUGGCCAACCUGGAGCGCGUGGUGAAUCGGGCCAUGCUGGUGGUGUUGGGCGCACAGGCUUUCCUGUCCAGCCUCAGUUCGAUUCUCUAUGUUUCAAACGAGUUUCGCUUUCGGACUUCCUGGUACCUGUAUCCUUCUGGGACCUACAUCAAGGAAGGAGUUGCUUUCCGGCUUGCGGCGAACUGGUUCAAAUUCUUUAUUUUAUAUUCGAACCUGAUGCCCAUCUCGCUGUAUUCAACAAUGGAGAUUUGCAACUAUGCGCAAGCAUUCUUUGUAAAGAGCGACCUCAAGAUGUACGACGAAGAGCAGGACUGUCCAGCCGCUGUUCGCUCUACAAACUUGUGUCACGAGCUCGGACAAAUCUCGUACAUCUUCUCUGACAAGACAGGUACCCUGACACAGAAUGUCAUGGAGCUCAAACGCGUUUCGUUUGCGGGGCAGGUGUUUGGCGAGAUCACAGAAGAGCCGGGCUUCUCCGAUGUCGCUGGAGUUCAAGGCUGGCGGCAAAUAGGCAAUCACAAGCGCGUCGAUGCAUUUCUGCAGAUCCUGUCGGUUGCACAUACUGUCAUGGUCACGACCGACAAGCAGGGCUGCCAGUGCUACGAAGCCGAAAGUCCAGAUGAAGGUGCACUGGUUGAAGGUGCCAAGCAGAUGGGGUGGCACUACUGCAGUCGAACCGCGGAUUCUCUCGUGGUUCAAGUGCACAAGCAAUCACUGACGUACAAGAUCCUAGCCGUCAACAAUUUCAAUUCCACGAGGAAGCGCAUGUCUUCUUUGGUGCAGACGGCAAAUGGAGAGACCUGGCUUUUGGUCAAAGGUGCCGACAACGUGAUGAUGGACAGGGCGGAAAACGUUCCACUCUGGCUGACAGAAAGUUUGGCAAACUUUUCGAGGAGUGGAUUGAGAACAUUGGUUCUGGGUCAUCGGCGUUUGGAUCCUCAAGAGGCUCAGUCUUGGCUGCAGACGUACGAUGCGGCGCAGUGUGCACUGGAAGGCCGAGAUGCCAAGUUGGAGGCGGCUGCUGAGAACAUCGAGGUGAAGCUUGAGAUGGUCGGCGUCACGGGUAUCGAGGACAAGCUGCAGAUUGGCGUUCCAGACACCAUCCUAAAGCUGAGAGACGCAGGUAUUCAACUUUGGGUUCUGACUGGCGACAAGUUGGAAACUGCAAGAAAUAUCGGCUUCAGCACCAAUCUUCUCAGUGUCGAAAUGGAUAUCCGGGUCCUUGAACACUCGGAGAAUAUCAGUGAUGCUUUGCAGGAACUUGUAUCCCCGGAUCUUCUGCCUGAAGAUCGUGAGGACUCUGCGCUGAUGGUCACUGGCGCCGCCCUGGAGCAGGUGACUGCAGCCGGCCUUCUAGAGGAAUUUCUGCAGGCCUCGAGCGCCUGCAGCGUGGUGAUUGCCUGCCGGGUCUCACCACUUCAGAAGGCGCAGCUGGUGCGCUUGGUGCGCGAAUCAUCCUAUCCACAACCUGUGACGCUGGCAAUUGGUGAUGGCGCCAACGAUGUGCCCAUGAUCCAAGAGGCCCAUGUUGGCGUGGGCGUGUCUGGGAAAGAAGGUCGUCAGGCCGUCAACGCCUCAGACUUUGCCAUUGCCCAGUUCAGAUUUCUGGAACGGCUUCUUCUGGUCCAUGGGCGGUGGGACUACCGCAGGACAUGCAAAUUCAUCUUGUAUACGUUCUGGAGAAACGCGAUCAUCACGAUGCUGCUAUUCUACUACACUUUUUUCUCCGGAUACUCGGGCACCUGCAUGUUCACAAGCACGGUCUGGACAUCCUUCAGCAUGAUCCUUUUCUGGCCUAUCAUUGCAACUGGAAUCUCCGAUCGAGAUGUGACUGCAAAGCAGGCAGUGGAGCAUCCAUCCCUCUACGAAACAGGUCGUCUGGGACUGGAUCUGAACAUUACCAAGAUGGUGGAAAUGCUGCUCUCGGCUUUUGUUCAUUCUUUUGUUAUCAUGACGAUUGCAGUUGUGGCGGUGAUGGACCUCGACGUGGCAGCAACUGGAUCUUACUACUCCUUUGGAUUCAUGGUGUUCUCGUGGGUUGUGCUUACCAUGAACUACCGGGCCACCUUCAUCACCACCACAUACAACUACGUAUUUGUCGCUGCCCUGGUCGUUUCGUUCGUUUCGUACUUGAUCUUUGCCUUCGUGUACUGCAACCUGCCCUCCAUCUUUCCGGAAGUGUACGGAACUUUCCAGCACGUGGUGCGGAAUCCUGUCUUCUGGAUGGGAAGUCUUGCCGUGCCCUUGCUGGCCGUGAUGAUCGACAUGUUCAAGGCGUACUUGAUGCUGGAGUUUUUCCCGGACCAGCGCGACUUGAUCCUCGAGCAGAGCCUGCAGGGAAAGCUGUCGGAUCAUUUCCGCGCCGCCAAAGGGGAUGCCGCGCGGAGGGGCAGUCGCUCCUCCUCAUUUGGAAGGUCGGCGACAUGGCAUACAGGUGAGAUGUCGGCCAUCUCCUCUGGCUAUGCUUUCAGCUUUCCGGAAGGCCAGCGGGUGCAGUCCCUCGGGUCGGUUCCACGAUUGCAAAUGGACUUCGAUACGACGCUGCUUGAUGCCAUGCCGUCGGGACGGCCAUCCCCAAGCUUUGCAACCAUUGCAUCGUCCGACUCAGAUUCGGGCGGCUCGUCAGGCAGUGGCAGUCACGAGCCGCCCAUUCAGAAGCCCAGGCCAAGCCAGUUUUCCCAGCAGGCCAUGCCUUCGGUACAGUUUGCCCUGAAUCGCAAAGUUGUCCUUGUGGCGCUCAUAUCCUCUGGCAUCCUCUUCGUACUGAUGGGCUUCAUGACGCUGCUGUACUCUGAGAGCUCCUCUCAGUUUAGGGUAGUGUAUGAUGCGCCAGAUGACUGGUAUGCUGGCGUGGACAGCACCGCAUCCUUCGCCGGUGAAGUAUUUGUCCGACCUUGCCGUGCUCCCCAACGCUGCACCUUCAACAUUGCCGUGCCUGCCAACCUGGACCCCCCAAUCCAGGUGUAUUACGAAGUGAAGCCGUUCCUGCAAAACUAUAUCAAAUACAUUAGUUCCAUUGCGUGGGACCAACUCCAGGGAAAGGAGGAUGCGAAUGCAGGAGUACUCUGCGAACCUCGUACCCGUGAAACGCCGCAGGGGAAGGAGAUCUUCCCCUGCGGUCUCAUUGCCACUUCCGUGUUCAACGAUACAUUUGAGAUUCAAGGUAUCCCCAUCGACACUGAGUCAUCACACAUGCCUGUCUGGCGCAAGUUCUACAAUCCACCAAACUAUUUGGAGCGCUCCAAUGUUACUUGGUUGUACGAGCGAUAUCCGAUGGUGACGAGCCGUGCACUGGGAGUUCAAAGCAAAAGGUUCAUUGCGUGGAUGCUGCCCAACUUCCUCAACCGAGCUGGAAAGCCCUAUGGUGUUGUUUCUCAGCCUCUGCAGAAAGGGCAACUCAUCACCUUGCACAUCACUUCCACUUUCCCGGUUAAGGGCCUUGGGGCCCAGAAGUCGCUGCUACUCACACGAGGAGCUCAGAACUACACACUUGCCUAUAUCUUGUUGACAAGUGGAGCGCUUUGCUUCGCUUUGGUCUUCACGGUUGUUGCGAUCUACUUGUCUUGUGGCCGGCAGCCAGGGAAGCCACGGCAGAGGUUCUCGAGUUUCUCAUCUACCUGGCGACAUACCCCGGAGAUGGAGAGCACGAGCAGCGAAGAAGAAUCGAGUGCUUGA